AUGGGAGGUCAUUGUUCUUGGAAUGAUCACCCAGCUGAAGGAGGGAAAGUAUUUCUUAGAAGAUCCCACUGGGGCUGUUCAACUUGAUCUCAGCAAAGCACAGUUCCACAGCGGCCUUUAUACAGAAUCUUGUUUUGUAUUAGCAGAAGGGUGGUACGAGGAUAAAAUAUUUCAUGUCAAUGCAUUUGGAUUUCCACCUACUGAACCUUCCAAUACAACAAGGGCUUAUUAUGGUAAUGUAAACUUUUUUGGAGGGCCCUCAUCCACAUCUGUAAAAGCAUCAGCAAAACUAAAGCAGUUGGAAGAGGAGAAUGAGGACGCCAUGUUUGUGUUUGUGUCUGACCUCUGGCUGGACCAGGUAGAAGUCAUAGAGAAACUUCAUGUCAUGUUUUCAGGUUACUCCACAGCUCCACCUACCUGCUUCAUCUUCUGUGGAAACUUUUCUUCUGCACCAUAUGGGAAAAAUCAGAUUAAAUCUCUAAAAGAUUCAUUCAAAAGUCUAGCAGAUGUGAUAUCUGAGUACCCCAACAUUCACAAA